CGUAGUUACAGACUGAUUCGAUAGAGUUUUCGGUAUUAAGAAUUUACGCUGUUUGUAGGGUCCGAACACAUAAUAAUUUCGGCUAAUAAGUUCUAUACCACACGAAUGACUUUGAAUUCUAUUCAUCGAACAACAAUCAUAUUUCUAGAUUCGGAUAAAUUGUGAGGAUCAAUUGGGACACACACUCGAUCUUUAAAAUUUUAUUUAUACUUCGCGACUAAGUACGUCAAGUGGGAAGUGACUGGGUGUGUUGAAAAGUGUUAAAACCUGGUAUCGGAAGAGAGCCGUUAAAGAAAAUAUACGAAGAUGAAAGGAAUAACAUUGUUAAUAGCAUUAUCGUGUGCGUCAAUCAUAGGCCCGCAAGGUACCGAGAGUUAUCGGAUUCUUGGUGUUUUUCCUUUCCAUGGUAAAAGUCAUUUCAUGAUGUUCGAGGCUCUUAUGAAGGGCUUGGCGAGGAGAGGCCACCAGAUCGACGUUAUCAGUCCGUUUCCCCUGAAAAAACCUUAUCCCAAUUAUACGGAUAUCAUUCGAAUUGAGCCUGACCAACCGCAAGUUGUCAACAAUAUGAGCUUCGAUACGUUUCAAUACUUACAAAAUGACAUGACGUAUUUCAUAGCAACUGCCAUGGGAAAUAAAAUUUGCGAGCAGCUGGAAAAACCUAAAAUUUUGAAUCUCAUUCAAAAUCCACCAACGAAUCCGCCAUAUGAUCUUGUCAUGACAGAGAUCUUUGGAGCUCAUUGUUUCAUUGCAUUUGGUCAUCAUCUGAAAAUACCGACAAUCGGACUCAGCUCAGCAGCUCUCUAUCCAUGGGGAAACGGGAUCAUUGGAAACCCCGCGAAUCUCGCGUUCGUCCCGAACAAUCUCAUCAACUACGUCGCGCCAAUGACCUUCUGGCAAAGACUGUGCAACACCGUCCACUCAUUUUCCAGCGAGUUCAUAUUUCAUUAUUACUCUACGCCUCAAACCGCUUUAAUGAAAAAGUAUUUCGGAAAAAAUACUCCGGAUAUCCGAAGUAUCGAGAGAAGUGUCGCUUUACUUCUCGUUAAUUCUCAUCCGUCUUUGAAUGAUCCACGACCCGUCACACCCGGUCUCGUCGAGGUCGGUGGAUUACACGUACAAGAUGACGACACUGAAUUGCCAUUAGAUCUCAAAGAGUGGAUGGACAGUAGCAAAGAUGGAUUCAUUUAUUUCACGUUCGGCUCAAUGGUUACCAUCGAAACUUUUCCUAAAGAGAUACUUGACAUUUUCUACAAGUCUUUAGGAAAAAUCGCACCGAUAAGGGUGUUGAUGAAAAUCGUUGAUACCAAAAAAUUACCAGCCGAGUUACCAAAAAAUUUUCGGACUUUCGUGUGGGCACCGCAGACGAAAGUGCUUCAGCACAAAAACAUAAAAGCUUUCUUCACCCAUGGCGGUUUGAUGGGCGGACAGGAGGCCAUACACUUUGCCGUCCCGAUGAUUGGAAUGCCAUUAUUUGCCGAUCAAUACAUCAAUGUUGAUCUUUACGUGAGAAAAAACAUUUCUCUCAAACUGAUUUGGCAAGAAAUAACCGAAGAGAAGUUGGAUUAUGCUCUUAAGGAGAUCCUACACAAUCCAAAGUACAAAAACGCCGUUACGAAACUUUCGCAAAAGUUUCUCGACCGUCCCAUGAGUUCUAUGGACACCGCAAUUUAUUGGGUGGAAUAUGUGGUACGACACGGUAGUGGAGUUCUUCGAUCACCGGCCAUGGACCUCGCCUGGUGGCAGAUCGAGCUUUUAGAUGUUUACGUAACUCUUGUGUUCAUUCUAUCGUUAUUAAUACUCGCUGUUUUUAUAUCAAGUCAAUUUGUCUACAAUUUAUUGUUUUUCAAAAAAGUUCAGAUGGUGACGGAUUCGAAAAAAAUCAAAUGAUUGUGCUAAGAAAUUAUUGUGAAUAAAUAUGAAAAAGGAGUUCGAGUGUCGUCCAAGAACAAAAAUAUAAACAUAACUGAUUAAUAAAUGCAUGGUCAUUCCCGAUAA